UAAGUCCCAGCGGUCAUGUGAUAUACGAUUUGCAGUGGAUAGUUUAGCAAUCCGAACUAGCAAGCAAAUUUAAAAAUACUUUCCACAUCGAGCAAUGUGUGGGUGCCAACCCCCUUGCAAAUGAACACGAAACGUACUUUCGUGUAUCUUGAAUAGGGUCGUAUUAUGGUAAACAAAAGUGCGCCGUAACUUGUCUGUAACAGCCCUAGCUAGCUACAGCACAGUUUGUCAAAAACAAAGCUAGCUGUAUCUACUUACCAUACAUCUAUUCUAUCGAUAUAAAGAAAACAAAAAGUGAAUAUCUAACUACCCUUUCUUCUUGUUACCGGUAGGUGAAGUUUCAAAACAGUGACUUAAAAUUGUCAGGCAAGGUGACUGUUAUUAGCAAUGUAGCUAGCUGACAUGUCAGGGCGAAAGAGAAAGCAGAUUUCGGAAUCCGUAUUGGAGUCUGAGGACCAAGUGAAAAGGAAUGACCUGCAUCAUGACUAUACCAAUAGUGGCGAUGUCAAUCCGGGGAUAGUAAAGUGUCCCUAUUUCUCCGAGGAGGAGUACUGCCAAAGGCUUGGAGAAGAGUUCUUUAACCAGCCAUGUAUCAGCUUGGCAAAAGCAUUCCUGGGCAAGGUGCUGGUGCGUCAGUGUGCAGAUGGGGGUGAACUGAGGGGGCGGGUGGUGGAGACGGAGGCCUACCUGGGGGGCGUGGACAAAGCCUCUCACUCUGCCGGGGGGAAACGCACACAGAGGACCACCGCCAUGUUUAUGAAACCAGGCACCAUCUAUGUGUACCCCAUCUAUGGCAUCCACCUGUGUAUGAAUGUUUCCAGCCAAGGGGAAGGUGCUGCUGUGCUCCUGCGUGCUGUGGAGCCCCUCCAGGGCCUGCCUGUGAUGCGGAAGCUGCGUGCAGCCAAGCGGAGGGAGGGCGCUCGGGCCCUGAAGGACAAGGAGCUGUGCAAUGGCCCUUCUAAGUUGUGCCAGGCCUUGGACAUACAGCGCUGCUUUGACCGGAGAGACCUAACCUCAGACCCAGAAGUGUGGCUGGAGAGAGACCCUCAAAUGGGGCCACAGGAGUCAGACCCGCAUCUGGUGGUCUCUGCACCCCGGAUCGGCGUUGACUCUCACGGGGAGUGGGCCUCCAAGCCCCUGCGCUUCUAUCUUCGUGGUCACCCAUGUGUGAGUGUAGUGGACAAACAGGCAGAGACGGACUCACUCACCGGACAACGCUUGACUCGAUGAAUGUGAUGGUGUGAACACAGCAGAGUUGAAUCUGGGAAUUUAAUCAAACUGUGAUUUUUUUUUUUUGUAUAACCAGGUUUUAAGGCAGGAUACAAAUGCAAGUGAAAACAUUUCAGCUUUGAGCUAUGUCAGCAAUUGGGUCUAUAUCUUUAGAAAUCAUUGCAGAGGAGCCAAAGUGAAAAUGUUAUCACUCUGUAGGGAAUUCAGACCUACUAUUUUUACAUGCACUCCAUAGCCAUCUUAUUGGGUACACCCAUCUAAUACCGCUUCAGACCCCUUUACCUUUAACACAGCCUGAAUUAUUCCGUGCAUGGGUUCCACAAGAUGUCAGAAACAUUCCGCAGGGAUGUCAGAUGCACAAUGGACGAGGGUGUGUUCAUGCUGUGAAGAGCCCAUUCUGUGUUUUGAUUCUGGGUUGGGCCAGAACCAAAACACAUGUAUUUAGAAAAUGCAUUGUAGAUUUUCUUUCUGGUUAGAGAUGAUCCAGUUUUGGACACUUUUGUUCUGAACGACACCCCUCAUUUUGACCGCAAAGGAGUCUUAGACUGAAAUAUGUAGUGAACAUUGUGCAACACCUGGUCAUUUACAACAUGUCAUCAAGUGUCUCAGAAUGAAAAAUCAGUGAGUUCAGUAUUCAAAGACUCUUUUGCGUCAUCUCUAACCAGAAAGAAAUCAACAAUGCAUUUUCUAAAUACAUAUGUUUUGGUUCUGACCCAACCCAAUCAGAUGGAAAAGCUAUUUGUGUGUCUUACAGUCCUUGGGGAGGUGCUCAGAUCCAAACUCUUUAUAGGUAAGAAACCAUUGCAUUUAGCCUGAGCAGGGAGUUUGGAUGGCUUAGAAAAUGCAGCGCAACUUACUUGUUUACUACAGUAUAUUUUACUGUAUUCCAAACAUCUGUAAAACUGUCUACCCAUCUCGAAUUUCUAUUCCAGUCUUUCUCCAUAUUCCUCUGUUUUAUUUUUUUAAUUAAAUGUCCUUGCCUGAGAAGAUCUCUGGGAAUCAUUGAUAUCACAGAUGUUUGGAACGUUGGGCUCCUCAAAGCAAAAACCUCUCUCUGAUGUUUGGCUUUUUUUUUUAUUCUCCCACCCCUGAGAGUCUCCUGAAGGGAGGCAGCCCUGCCUGGAGUCUGGAAUGAUCAUUACUGCUGUGUUCCUACAUAGUGUUUGUUUUAGAUGAUCCAUUACCUAGAGGAAUCUAAAAAAAAAAAAACUUGCUUGGAAAUUCUUGGGUCAAAUACAGUGUUAACUGGCCAGUACAUAGGCUUUACUAAAACUUUUCACACACUUUUUUUUCAAUAAUUUAUUAUUGA